AUUGUUAAGAGGGCUAUUUUUAAAAGAAGAAAAGCACAAAAGCUACAAGAGACUACAAACAUUUAGGCAAAAACUGUCUGUGUGCAGUACUGCGGCCUUGAUUGAGUUACCACUUAUCUUAACCACUGUCAUGAGUCUGUGCACAAGGUUGGGCGUUGUCUCAGAGUAGCCUGACCCUCUGCAGAUAGCCAUAUAACUGUAAACAGGUCAGGUGAUACAGGACAGCCUCGCCUUUCAUUUCUUUCCUCUGAUAAUUCAAAUUAAGAAAGCAAGAGAUUGUUGAUAUGCAAACAUUGAGAAACACUACUAAAAUAUAUUUAUAAACAAAGUUUGGCAAUUGCCUAUUUACAAAGAAAUGAGCUAACGUCAUAAUAUAAUAAAACUGAUUCAUAAAAUUGUUUAUCAUCCUGUUUCGAUAUGUCAGAGAUGAGUGGGUGCGCCGUGACGGCAGAGCUAACCGCGCAUGCGCGCACAAUCACAAAUAUGCCCGCUGCCUGACAAGCGCAAACGAAUCAGUUGGAGCAGUAUGGGCAGAUAGUUUCAUUCUAUCUUUACAUCUGCCUUUGUGAUUGGCCAGUGCACGUGAGGUCAGAGGUCAUGGCUGCGGACUGCGGCGUGUUCGUGGACUGGUCUCAGUUGGGUGACGGGUCUCGUGAUGCAACUCCCGGUAAGACCGAUUAUAAGGACUUGAAAGAGCUUAAACAGCACGCCCGCUCGGGGUACUGGGCAAAGAGUCACGCCCAGCGUGCUGCUAUGUACCAACAGCUCCUCAAAGCCCUCCCGUGCCGUACCGUCACCCCGGACGCUGCGGUCUACCGGGACAUCGUGGGGAAUUCCAACAGCAAGAGGAAUCCGUCCGCUUACCUUUUGCCGGAGUUUGUGGAUGGGACAGCCGUGCCGCGUUACUGUCUAAAAGAUGAAUCUAUUGGCUCGGCGCACGCCGUCAUUUCCUGCGUAGCAGGGCAGUUCCCGGAUAUCUCGUACUGCCCGUCGUUGCCGGUGAUGACUGCAUUGCUGCUGCAUUGGUGCGCAGACGAAGCACAGUGCUUUGAGAGCAUCAGUCGCAUGCUGGCCUGCAACGAGCCGGGGCGGCGUUUGCUGGAUCAGACUUUCCUUGCAUAUCAGUCGGCUUGCAUGACCUUUGGCGACCUUAUGCAUAAGUACUGCCCUACUGCGCACAAGCUGAUUGUCGCCACGGCGACCGACGUGAUGGAGGUGUACUCCGAUUGGCAGCGAUGGGUUCUGGGCGACCUUCCCUUUAACUAUGCUGCACGAGUGCUAGAUGUCUUUUUGGUGGAGGGGUACAAAGUUCUUUACCGGGUCGCGCUCGCGAUACUGAAGUUCUACCGCAAACAAUGUGUGGCCUCUGGCUCGGCGUUAACCAAGCAGGACUCUGCAGGGGUCAGAGGUGAUAUCCAGGUGUUUGUGCAGAACAUCAGCAAAUACGUGACCCCAGACAAACUAAUGGACAAAGCUUUUUCCAUCCGCCUGUUCAGCCGAAAAGAAAUCACACUGUUACAGCUGGCCAAUGAGAAAUCACUGCAGCAGAAGGGGAUCACUGUUAAACAGAAGAGGCAAAACGUGCAUUUAGCCGUGAAUGCAGAUAAUUUCAGCUCGGAGAUCGUCAGUGCUAAAGAUAUCAGAGAUAUUUGGUCAUGGAUUCCUGAGCGUUUUGCGUUGUGUCAACCGCAGCUGCUUUUCACAACCUCAACACACGGCUGCAGUCUAAACAGGUUUUAUUCACAUUGUGAGGGGUACGAGCCAACAUUAAUGCUCAUUAAAACCACAGACAGAGAGGUGUGUGGCGCUUUCCUUUCCACUGAUUGGGAGGAGCGGAAGAGGGGCGGGAACAAACUCAGUUUCUUUGGCACUGGAGAGUGUUUUGUUUUCAAAAUGAAGCCAGAAAUGGAGCGUUACGAGUGGGUCAUUAUCAAACACCCGGAGCUGGCAAACGCAACUCAGCCCGUGACUGAGGAUCAGGCUGGCAACAGUUCACCACUGUCCCUAGAGAAACCAGCGACAGACCCGUCUCAUCUCUCUCCAUUCCUGUCUGCACGUCACUUCAACCUGAACUCACGAAACACCUCCAUGUUUAUGGCUGGAAAUAUUGACUCCAUUAUUAUUGGUGGUGGGGACGGUAACGCUCUCUACAUCGAUUCUGAGCUGAACCACGGCCGAACCGAACGUUGCCUGACGUUUGACAACCCUCCUCUGUGCGCUGAGAGUUUCCAGAUUGCUCUGCUGGAGGUGUGGGGCUUCAAAGACACCAUGUCAACGUAAAAGCGGCUCAACACAUCUGCACAUCGAGAAAACGCUGAUGCGGUCGCUGUAAGAUGUUAUGUUAGACGUCCCUUUAUGUAGGUGGUUAAAGUUUCAAUGCUUCUCAGUGCACUAAAAUAUACCUGUUUAUGUGUAUAUUUAUAAAUACAAAACAAAAUGCGUAUCAUUUAUCAUUUUGUUGUUUUGCAUAUCAGCUUUUGUUAAUUUAACCCAUUGAAGAAUUGAGAUGCUCUGAUGAAGUUUACAGUAGUAUGAUAUCCAACAAUACUAUAUCUAUGUGAAUCAUAAAAUGGCUGUGAAUAAUAAUAUCUGUGUUAAUACAGUGAAGUAGAGCUGAAAGACUUUAAUGUUUAACCAUAACAGAGGAGAAAGACGAGGUGUCCUUAGGGUCCUUUACAAAGGCCUCUUCAUCGAUGUGAAUCCAGGUGUCUUUUUGAAGGUAUUAUAUUCUGUAUUGCUAUCUAGGACAUUACAGUCGGUCAUCGGCGAAUAGCACAGUAAACACAAUAUCACACUACUCUGCCAUCUCUGUCCUCUAGCGAUUAUUUAACAUGUGUCUGUGUACUUGGAUGAAUUUUAUGAAGAAAUGUCCAGGUUGUGUAUUUCUGUCCAUCUUUUUCCUGCACUAUUUAGGUGACAAAAUUGUUUCAUUAGAUGGUAGGUAAAGACACAAAAGUAAUCCGCAGUGUUCUGGUAUACAUCUGUGUGCCAACUUGUAAAAACGUGUCAGCACCGAGAGGACUGAAAACAUGCAGGUCUUCAUAGACCUUCAGUCAUUUCUGGGUUAUUGAUUGUAAAAUUAUAGCACACAGGGCGUUUUAAAUGUUCAUAUAGCAUUUGUUUACCGAAAAAUUAAAAUUUGAUCAUUUUUUAACUUGUAGGCCUGUAUCAUUCCAAACCUUUCAAACAUCGUUUCAUAUGAACCACCUUUCUAUGUAAAAGCACAAAACCACUAUACAGUGAAAAAUAAAAGGGGAUGAGGCUCUUAAAAGCCACAAAUAAACAAACAAUGCAUAAUGAAAGUGGACGAUAUGACCAGCCUUCUGCUGUCUGAUGGGGCUUUAAGGGUGAAAAAAGCAGCUUGGAUGCAGAAGAAAGACCUUUGAUGGUGAAUAAAUGAUGAUGGGGUUUUCAUUUUUUUGGUGAACUACCAAGAAAUGUGUUCAUGCUAUUUACAGCUAAAUGUUAGUGUUUAAUCAUUAUGUGAAGUAUAUUUUGUUAAUCAUUUGUCUUCCUGAGUUAUACUGAGAAGUAUUACAUUUAAAAACAAAUCUUUCUCUUUUGCACUUUUAGGUUGUUAAUACAUCUGUAAAUGUUUCAAUAAUAAUAUUUUGUUUGAUAUCGGUAGGGAUAUUGUAAUCUAAUCUCUGGUUCUAUAGCACACUUAAAUUAAUGUAUGAAGUAUAUCAAACCUAAUCAUUGAUGAGUGUUUUAUGUGUACGCGUCUUGUGAUUUGUUGUCAUAUCAAACAUGUGUGUUUGUGUUUCGUUCAGAAGCAGCGAGAUGUUUGCAUAUCAGUGAUGUAAGGUUUCAAAAAUGAAGUUAAUGUGAGUAAUAAUCCCUAAAAUAUAGUGUCAAAAUGCAGUUAUAGAUGUUUUGUUAUAUCGAGUAUUUGAUCAUGUAUAGCACAUUGCUCAUUGGCUCUAAACUAGAGAGUCCAGUAAGUCUAGAUGUAUAAAACAAUACUGUCAUUAAAAAGAUUUCUCAUUACAA